ACAUGACAUGGACUCACCAUAUCCGAUGUUUACUUUGAAAAGUAAAGUAUCUGCUUGGCACUGAAGGAAGGCCGGUUUCUCGAUCAGGAUAUUCUCUCCGAUUUCGAUUUCUGAUCCUAAUGAAUAUCAUCACAACGAGAAAGGCAUCCAUGUCAGUACAAAAUUGUACGAUGUGUUUGGUUGUGGUAUACACCUUUGUCAUAUUGGCAGGACUUGAUGUUUCUCAUGCUACAACCACUAAACCGAAAACAGGGACAAACAACGUAAUGAUUUCAAACGGAAGUUCAUCUGGACAAGGGGACAACCCUACUUUACCAUCAGAUGCAGAGACCGACAAUUUCUUGAAACCUAAAAAUUGUACACGGAUAAAAAUGACGUCCGCUACCUUUCAAGGGUCGUAUAUUGGCUCUUGUGUUUCACAGAAGAAAACCUGCACCUCUUUUCUGAUUUUUUGGAAAAAAUGUCGUCAGAAGGAUGUGACUACUACGUGUUUGAAAUAUCAAAUAAAAACCAAGACAGUAACUUCUAUGGAAGCUACGUGCUGUGAAGGUUUCGUGCCUUACAAUGAUACCGCCGCGUUUUGUAUUAAAGGAUGUGAAACUGGUAAAUAUGGAGAAAACUGCACUCUUGACUGUAACUGUACGGGCAAUACCCGACCAGAUUGUGAUUUGACUUCAGGCCAAUGUAAAUGUACGGAAGGUUGGACAGGACCAAAUUGUACUGAUGUUUGUGACGAAGGGUUUUACGGUUACAAAUGUGAGAACACGUGUCCAUGUGAGAACAAUAGCACGUGUAAUCACGUGAAUGGAACAUGCAACUGCACAUCUCCGGGAUGGACAGGUGACACGUGUAAUACAGUAUGUCCAGAAGGUCAGUACGGAUAUUACUGUGAACAAAAGUGUUCCUGUCCCACAAAUGCAACUUGCGAUCCCCGUACUGGAGAAUGCCAGUGUAUUGCGGGUUUAACAGGUGUCAAUUGCACAGAAGUCUGUGAUGAUGAGCAUUUUGGUGUCGACUGUCAACAGAAAUGCACGUGUGUUGCAAACAAUACGCGUGCAUGUGAUGCUAUAACUGGAAAAUGUUAUUGUACAGCUGGAUGGACAGAUCGUGAUUGUUCAGAAUACUGUGAGCCUGGGACAUACGGAGUCAAUUGUCAGAAACUAUGUAACUGUACAGACGCCGAGGCAUGUCAUCCAGUGAAUGGUGAAUGCAUUUCAAGAUUUUUGUGUAGUGUAAAUGGAACCUCUAACUGUGAUCCUUCACUAGGAAAAAAUGAUUGCACAGGUAUCCGACGGAACACAUCAUUGGAAUUACUACAAGGACCAAUCCGUGUCAUCCUACGUAACCCAGAAGAUAUAUGUGACUCUGUCAACAACCAAACCGAAUUUUGCAGUCCAAGUAAUAAUUCUGUUCUUUGUGAAUGCUUUGAUGGAAGGACCGGAUAUUCAUGUGAAAAACUUUGCCCUUCCGGUGCGUACGGAAAAGGAUGUGGUAAGAAAUGCGAUUGUGAUGACGGCGCGAAAUGCGACAGAGUCGAUGGUCGGUGUUUGGAUGCGGGGAAAAGUGUGAAACAGACGUCGGACCAAAACGCAACCAACAUGGGAUUAGUAUUUGGCACAGUUAUACCAAGUGUCUUUGUCAUCAUAGUCAUUGUGGGUGUGGCCUUGUAUAAAGGCAGAGUUUUCAGCAACAUUAAAAACUCGACAAA